AUUAAAAAAGAGAAACGAAAAUGAUUCAUUUUGAGGUAUCGGCACCAGGUAAAGUGAUUCUUUUCGGAGAACAUGCGGUAGUCUAUGGAAAGACAGCUUUAGCAGCCAGCGUAGAUCUGCGUACUACUGUAGACUUUAAAGAACUUCCUGAAAACGAGCAAUGUAUUCGCCUAUCGAUGCCAAAAGUAUUCUUGGAUUUAAGCUUACCAUUGGAGCAAAUCAGAAGGUUUUGCUUCAGUGAUAACUCUCCUAAAGUCAAUGACAGCUACGAAACAUUUUACGGUAACAUACAAAAGUUAGUAGAAACUAUGAACAUUCCCAAGGCUCCUCAGCGACAGAGUUUAGAAGCAUUUUUCUAUUUAUUGGUUAGCAUUGCCCAGAAUGAAGGAAUCAAUGUAAAACCAUUUGAGGUUAACGUCAACACUGCGUUAACAAUUGGUUCAGGAUUGGGCAGCUCGGCUUCCUUUGCCGUUUCUUUAGCGACUGCUUUCUUGCAUUGGUCUCGUCUCCAAAAAGGCACGCCUGAAGUUUUAGAUAGCACUUACUUAAAGAUAAUAUCAAAAUAUGCAUUGAACUGUGAAAGAAUUAUGCACGGCACUCCAUCUGGUAUAGAUAACUCGGUAUGUACAUAUGGCAGUAUAAUAAAAUUCAAAAAAGGCGAAUCUUUGGAGCCGAUAUAUGGAGUAAAAAGUAUGAGAGUACUUCUAGUAGACACGAGAGUUCAAAGAAGCACAAAAGCAUUAGUGGAGCGUUUAAUAGAACUUAAAAAUAAAUAUCCUAAUAUUUUUGGCCCCAUCUUCGAUGCCAUAGACAAUGUCUCGAACGAAGCUCUGAAUAUCAUUAAGAAGAUGCGAAGUUUUCCUGAAAGUUCCGAUGCUUUGCUUUAUGCAGUGUAUCAGGAAUUAAUGACUCUUAUUGAACUAAAUCAGGGGUUAUUGUCUUCGUGUCAAACAUCACAUCCAUCAUUGGAUAGAAUCUGUGCAGAGGCCAAGAAUUAUGGACUCGCAGCAAAACUGACAGGUGCUGGUGGAGGUGGAUACGCUUACAUCUUACUUUUGCCAGACACUCCGAGUGAAACUAUUUCAAGUAUUUCAAGAAAAUUAAUUGCCAAUGGUUAUCUCGUAUCGUUAACUAAUCUAGGGGGCCCAGGAGUGCAAAUUCACCUUGAUUGAAACAAAACUCUCUCGUAUAAGUAUUUCAAAUGUAGUUUGUUUUGUUAAACAAAAGAAGGGUAUUUUUGUCAGUUUUGAGAUUUGUAUUUGAAUUGAAAGAUUAGACAUUUCAUAAUA